UCACAUCCUGGAUCUCAGGCUGCCUUUGUAUCCCUUGCAGUCCAGAGCCUGCAUUGAGCUGUACUUGUCGUUAUGAAGUGAUGCCAAAAGACUUGGAAGAAUAGGGAUGCGAUACAUGCCUCUGUACCAGUGUGUUAACAUUGAGGGCUUGGGACAGGCUGUAAAUGACUUUUCUUUAAGUAACAGGGAAAAAGCUAUCCUUAAAAGACAUUUUGGCAAGGGUUCUCUCUCCUGUGCAGCCUGCAGGGAGCUGCACUGCAUAUGCAAAACUUGCUGGUAGCUUAGUGUUGCUCAGUUCAAGCAUUCUGGUGGAUGUAAAGUAGCCUGGACAUGGCAUUAGGCUGACUCAUUAGGAGGAAGAAGCACCAACAUCGCUGCCAGACACAGCAGGUACUUUCUCAUUGGAGAGCUUUGCAGUUUCUUCCUUCAGUACCUGGAGCCUGAAAGGGCUGCCACAGGUGCAGAACUCUUUCUAUGAGAAUUGAGAGUGGUUUGCAUCACUUUUCUUCUGAAUUUCUUUACUAUUUAUUUUCUUCUUCUAUCAUUUUGAUUGUCCUUUAGCAGAUGUCAGAUUAUUUGAACGUUUCUCAGCAGCCCUCUUACUGCAUUACUCUGCUGCUCCUUUAUUCCGUGUAGUUACCUUCUAUAUCUAGAAUGAAAUCAUCUUUUGUGAACAUCUUUUGAGACGAUCUCUCUGAGACGACGUUUGAUCAUCCUCCGUCUUGCGCUUCUGACGUACUUCUGUCUGCUGCUUCUUUGUGCACGUUACAUGCUGGUCACUUUCUAUCCUUCUUUCUCAGCCCUUUUAUUGCUAGGGAAUGAGCACUUGCUUUGAGCUCCUAAUUCACUGGUGAAUUGUUCCUUUUUUCGGGGCCUGGAGAAGUGUAGUAGUUGAACGACCAGCUCCAAUCUUCUUUUUUAUCUGAUUUGGCAUUUAUGUUGUGAAUCUGAUUUAAGUUUGCAGUCAGUGCUACAGUAAUAUGCAUUUUUAGGAAGGAAAAUGCUUCAUAUUUGGGGGGAAGGACAACAGAACUGCCAGGAAAGCUUAAUAAAGGGUCCAUACUUAAAAGGUCUGGCCUACUUCUAAAGUCAGAAGAAUACCUUACAAGAAGAGAUGAAAUGCAUUAGGAAGAUCUUAUUAGUCCUGUUUCAAUUCAGUCUCUUCCAGGAAAGUGGAGCUAGUGUGUAGCUGAAAGUCAUUUUUGUAGAAGAAUUGUAACCAAAAAACCCUCAAAACAAAAUUAAUUUGCAGCAUAAGCUGCCUGGAGCUCCCUCUAAAAGCAGGGAAAAGGGGUGUGAGGUAGAACACAAACCCAUAGGAACAAGAUAUAUCUCUGUAUUUUAACUUGAUCCAUUUUAGCAUUGUGUGUAUGCUCUGAGGAAGACUAAUUCAUACAUGGCUGAAGCCCUUUCUAACCAUCCCUGUCUUCUUUGCUUGGCUCUUCAUCACAGUGAGACUGUCUGUAAUCCUUGCUCUGUAAAGGUCCUUCUACCCUGUUCAGAUGCUUUUAGGCUUAUUGAAUGUAAUACCUGGCAAACCUUUCUGAUUUGUGUUGGAUGUCGUCCAGUGGAAACCAUAAAAAGUGCCUAUGCAGCAGCUGCUCUGUGAAGCAAGACCUUUUUGCCUGGUAACGAGAACAGCUCUUGCAGCAUUUGGCAUUAGAUUCUCUCUGACUUGUUGGCUGUCAGGCCCAAGAGCACUGGAGUCCUGCAUGGUAUGGUCGGUAAUUGUCACCCUUUUAGUUUGUGCUGCUACCUUGAAGCAUGGUUGUGUCUGCCCAGUUUAUGCAUGGAGUGAGCUCAGGUGUUUGCAAGAUAAAUGGCUCAUUUAAAUUGGGAGCUACUAAAAUACUCUCUGGCUGGCAAAUGCAGUGCCUAGCAGCAGUCAUCAAGGACGAACCAAACAUGAGUGGAGGAGGCGAACAGGUCGACAUUCUUCCGGCCAAUUACGUGGUCAAAGAUCGCUGGAAAGUGUUGAAGAAGAUUGGUGGCGGUGGCUUUGGGGAGAUCUAUGAGGCGAUGGAUCUGCUGACCCGUGAGAAUGUGGCCUUGAAGGUGGAAUCAGCCCAGCAGCCCAAGCAGGUUCUCAAGAUGGAAGUGGCUGUCCUGAAAAAGCUGCAAGGGAAAGAUCAUGUUUGCAGAUUUAUUGGCUGUGGAAGGAAUGAAAAAUUUAAUUACGUGGUCAUGCAGCUUCAGGGCCGGAAUCUGGCAGAUCUCAGGAGGAGUCAGCCUCGAGGGACUUUCACGCUGAGCACCACGCUGCGAUUAGGCAAACAGAUCCUGGAAUCAAUAGAAGCCAUUCACUCUGUGGGAUUCCUGCAUCGGGACAUCAAGCCUUCCAAUUUUGCCAUGGGCCGCUUGCCUUCAACGUACAGGAAGUGCUACAUGUUAGACUUUGGUCUGGCCCGUCAGUACACCAACACCACUGGUGAAGUCCGGCCACCCCGCAACGUCGCUGGUUUUCGAGGAACAGUCCGCUACGCCUCGGUGAACGCACACAAAAACCGAGAGAUGGGUAGACAUGAUGAUCUGUGGUCCCUCUUUUACAUGUUGGUGGAGUUCGCAGUUGGUCAGCUUCCAUGGAGGAAGAUCAAAGAUAAGGAGCAGGUAGGCAUGAUAAAAGAAAAGUAUGAACACCGAAUGCUGCUAAAACACAUGCCUUCAGAGUUCCACCUUUUUCUGGAUCACAUUGCAAGCCUAGACUACUUCACCAAGCCAGACUAUCAGCUAAUCAUGUCCGUUUUCGAGAACAGCAUGAAAGAAAGAGGUAUCACUGAGAACGAAGCCUUUGACUGGGAGAAGGCUGGUACAGAUGUCUUGUUGUCCACUAGCACCUCUACUCCACCGCAGCAAAACACCAGGCAAACAGCAGCCAUGUUUGGGGUGGUUAAUGUCACUCCAGUGCCUGGGGACCUGCUGCGUGAGAACACUGAGGAUGUCCUGCAGGGUGAACAUCUGAGUGAUCAAGAGAAUGCUCCUCCCAUCCUGUCAGGCCGGCCAGCAGAAGGUCUUGGUCAGGCUCCAAACACUGCGUUCAAUGAGGGGGAAGUGUGGGAAGAGACAGAUGUGAAUCGCAACAAACUCAGGAUCAGCAUCAGCAAAACUCAGUGCAUGGUGGAAGAGGAGCAGAGAAACGGUGUCUGCCCCAGCUCCCCUGUCCGAGUGCCUCCGGAGUCCCCCACUGCCCAAGCGCGCUCCCUGCGGUACCGCCGUGUGAACAGCCCGGAGUCGGAACGCCUCUCCACUGCUGAUGGCAAAGCAGAUCCACAUGAAAGAAGAUCUCGAAUGGAUUUACCUGGUUCUCCAUCACGGCUUGUGUGCUCCUCCCAGCCAGCCCAGAUGCUGUCCAUUGAUACUGGCCAGGCUGACCGGCAGGCAAGUGGUCGGAUGGAUGUGUCUGCUUCGGUGGAACAUGAAGCCCUCAGCAAUGCUUUCCGCUCAGUGCCACUUGCAGAGGAGGAGGACUUUGACAGCAAGGAGUGGGUUAUCAUAGAUAAGGAGACAGAGCUGAAGGACUUCCACCCAGGUGCUGAGCCAAGCACCUCUGGGACCACAGAUGAGGAGCCUGAGGAACUAAGGCCGAUUGAAGAUGGUGAGGAGAGAAGGCGCCUGGGGGCAGAUGCUGCUGUCAGGCCGAAGACGCACGAUGGGCGAAGUCGGGGUAUGCAGCCUGUGACUGAGGAGGACAGUUCCCACAGACAUGAAGGACCUUCUCAAACAGUAUCUGACAGUAAACAUGAACAGCAGACAGGAAGUCCAGCCCACUCCCCCCUACAUUCAGCACCAGCUAUCCGACAAAGGAGACGAGAAUCUGAACCUACUGGUCCUCAGAGACAGGCCCUUAUGCUGAAGUCCUUUGAAAUGAAUGGUCUGCCCAAGGCGGUGCCUUUAAGUUUGCCUUACCAAGACUUCAGAAAAGAUGUGUGCAACUACUGGGAAAAGCCUAAGGUGUCCCAGCGGAUAAAGAGAGUUGAUUUCUCCAACAUUGUCCUGACUGCUCCUUGCAAACCUCUGGAACCUUAUCUGGAAAUUAAUGGAAAAGAGGAGGAAGAGGAAGAUGAGGAGGAAGAAGACGAGGAGGAGGAAGAUGAGGAGGAGGUGGAAGAGGAAGGGGAUGAGAUUGACAUGCACAGCGGUUCCAGCAGUGACCUGAGUCAGAAAAGCACGGAGCGCAGCCAGGAGUGUGCCCCAUCCACGCUCCUGGCUGAUGACCAGAAGGGAUCCCGGGGUCGAGCAUCCACUGCUGACGGGGACCUGGAGCUGGAGGAAGGCUCAAAAACACUCGUGCUGUUUUCACCAGGCGACCUGAAGAAAUCGCCGGUGACCACAGACUUGCCUCCAGAAGUUGAUCUGGGCACUCUUGCUGCACUGACACCUCAGAGCGAGCGGCCACAGCCUAUGGGGAGCCAGCUGGAUGUAUCUGAGCCAGGGACCCUGUCCUCAGUCCUUAAAUCGGAACCAAAGCCCCCCGUGGCAGUGGCUACAGCUUCCUCCCCCUUUACCAAAGUAGAGCGCACGUUUGUUCACAUCGCCGAGAAGACCCACCUCAAUGUCAUGUCUUCCAGCGGCCAGCUGAUGAGGCAUGAGGAGUACUGCCCUCCGGGCCAGUUUGAGGAGGUCAUCAUCGAGGAAGAGCUGGAGGACAACCUGGUGCUGGUAGAGAACGGGAGCAUCCAUUCGGGGCUGGAAGGGGCAGAGACGGAGAGCUGCGCGCUCUCCGCUAACCCCAUUGAAACCGCCUCAGAGACAGUGGGGGAGCAGUUGGUCCUUCCCAGUGUAGCAAAGCCUCCCGAGGACAAGCCGGAGCUCUCUGACAAAGCAGUGCUCCCGGUGGAUGUGGAAGAGCCUGGCAAGGUGGGUACAAGGGAGCCUGACCUGGAGAAGUCAGCAGCGGUGGCAGAGCCCCUUAAGCGAGCAGAGAGCAUCCUUGACGCCCCGCAUCAGGGGCCCCGGAGACCUCUGGGCUCCAGGUACAGGAGCCGGAUACCCAUCUUGUUCUCGGAGGAGGACACUGGCUCAGACCUCUCAACUUCACUCUCAGCCAAAGAGAGGCUUUAUAAGAGAGCAAAGCACCCUGACCUGGCUCGCCUGGUGAUGGAGAAGAGGCAGAGCCGGCUCCUCCGCCUGGCCUCGGGGGCCUCCUCCUCAGCAUCCUCCAGCGACGAGCGGCGCCGGGCUUCAGAAACGCUCUCGGCCACUGGCUCCGAGGAGGACACCCAUGACUCGGAUGACUCCAUCCCAAGGAAGGCGGGGAAGGAGAGGGCGGCCCUCCUGGGGAAAGAAGAGAGAGCCACAAGCACAAAGAGCAGGAUUCCUCGGCCCAUCACCCCGGUGAAAGCACUGCUGGAGGCAGCCAAGGCUGAGAGCGCCAUGGCUGCCGCAACAGCGGCACUGUGCAGCUCCCUGCAGGAUGCUGCUGUUGCCCACAGGCUUCAGGCACAGAGACCCGCUGGGAGCAUCCCCACCGAGUGCCGAGCAGCGCAGACACAAAGCCGGCUCCCUCCUUCGCCGAGCUCCACGUCCCUUCCCGCACGGAGCAGCUCGCGGAGGUCCAGCUGCGCAUCCCCUCGGAGCCCCGUCCUUCCUCCCAGGAACCCCAGCGCUUCCCCCAGGAGCCAGCUGCCCCCUGGGAGGGAAAGCCCUUCUCCCUGCCGGCAGCAUAAGCCAGGGACUGCAGCUCCUCAGCGAGUUCCUCCUUCCCCCCGACCCCAGCCCCCAGCUCAGGCCCUGGGGCCAACGGGAGAUUCCCUGCCCUCUCCUGGCGUGGCCAAAAAACGGCAGAGAGGAAAAACCCAGACUCAGAGUCCAGCAACCAAAGGAAAGCAGGUGUCCCUGGAAAGCAAGGCAGCUGCCAGAUAAUGAUCUUCUGCCAGCCCAACAGACUGGGUAACUUCUGCAUAUAGUCCACACUUGAGAUGCUGCAGCACAGCCUUCCACGCUGGACCCACGAGUGUAUAGCAGUAGCUGUUCUUCAAAGCUUCACUCACUCUCACCCCACACCGUCGCCAUCAGCUCCCCACAGGCCUGAGAGCCCCCGAGCCACGGAGCCUUCUCCAAGGGAGACCCCAGCCCGCAGCUCACGCUUGCUAACGCACAGCACCAAGCAGUGACCCAGGCAGCCUGCCCAGUGCCUGUCCCGCAGCCCCUCUCCCUGUUAGCAAUACCAGUUGCCAAUGCCAAUGGCUGUAGAAAGAGGAGCGGAGGCGGGGAGAGCAAGGCCUGAUGGAGAGGAAGCUCCCCUCCUGCAGGCAGCUCCCUCCUCUCUCCUCGCUGGGAAAACCCCAGCCUUGGCCACCACUAUCUACCUUGAGCGUUGGCUCACCUGUGUUAGCAAGGGAUGGUCACCAGCUUAGCCAGGAGGGAUGGAUGCAUCC